GAAACGCUGGUAGUAUUAGAACCAGCGUAAAGUAUUCGUCUCUCCACCAUAAUUCGUACCCGUGGUACCCGUGGGAGUAUUAGAAGCAGUCUUCUCGGUUAAGAGAAAGGAAAGCAGAGAUGUCUACCUUGCUUCAUGGUGACCUAAAGUUGACAAUCAUUGAAGCGAGAGCUUUAGGCGAGUUAUCGAAGCUAAAUAGCUUUCUCGGUGGAGACUGGAGGGUUAUCGUUUCUGCAGCUAAAAUUACCUUGGCUAGCACGCGUUACAUUUCUGACAAAGAUAACCCUCGGUGGGACGAGCAGUUCAAUAUUCUUCUCGCACAUGCUGUAGUCUACCUCGAAUUCAAAAUUGAAGUGGGUAAAAGGAUCAAGGAUACCAUGAAGACUCCGGAUGGGAGAAUCAACACCGGGGAGCUAAUCAGCGGAUGGUAUCCGUUGAAAGAUGGCAACGCAGAUCCAAACAAGAAUCCGGCUCUUAAUAUUGCGAUGCAAUUCACGCCAUGCCAUCGAAAUCGACUUUAUCGUCAAUGCAUCGCCAGCAAUCCAGAACAGGCUGGAGUAAGGAAGACGUAUUUUCCACGGAGGGAAGGGAAUGCGUUGAAGCUGUACCAAGACGCUCAUGUGCCUGAAGAUUUGUUGUCUGAAAUUGAACUGGAACACGGAAGAUUUUUUGAGCAUCACAAGUGUUGGGAGGACAUUUACCGUGCUAUAUCAGAGGCUCAAUCUAUGAUAUACAUUUUGGGUUGGUCAAUGUCUUGUGAUGUAAAGCUUGUCAGAGAGCCGAACUGGCCAUUGCCUCCAGAUGGGGUUUCGACGCUUGGUGAAUUGCUCAAGUCCAAAUCAAAGAAAGGGGUUCGAGUUGUGGUGUUGCUAUGGCGUGAUAAAACUUCAUUUCAUAAAUGGGGGAUCAAAGUGAAAGGAAUGAUGAAGACGCAUGGUCAAGAAACGAGGAAAUUUUUCCGGGAUUCAUCUGUUAUUUGUAAACUGGUUCAUCGUCAUGCAAGCAAGUCCCUUAAUGGUUUUAAACGAGCUCGCAAUGGAUUCAUAUUCUCAAAUCAUCAAAAAUGUGUUCUAGUCGACACACCGGCAGCUGGUGGUGAUCGAAAGAUAACUGCAUUCAUUGGCGGUCUUGAUCUCUGUGAUGGUCGUUAUGAUACACCUCAGCAUUUGUUAUUUUGUGGCCUUGACACCAUUUUUAAGAGUGAUUUUCAUAAUCCUACAUAUCCUUCUAAAACCAAGGCUCCAAGACAACCAUGGCAUGACAUGCACUGCAGGAUUGAUGGGCCAGCUGCGUUUGAUGUUUAUAUAAACUUUAAGCAGUAUUGGUGGCAAUCAGUCAAAAAGAAAGAACAUAUUGAUCCUUUGAUAGUCAUGAAAACUAUCUCACAGGACCUAAGUCCUUAUACAGCUGUCUUGCAUGAUGGUACGACAAUGGUUCCAAAAGAUUAUUCCACAUCACGGGUUUUUGGUGAUGAUUCUGAAAACUGGCAUGUUCAGAUUCUCCGGUCGACUGACUCAGGAGCAGUUAAAGGAUUUCCAGUAGAUCCUGGUCGUGCUUAUGCCGAGAAUCUUGUCUAUUCAAAAGGUGUGGUAAUAGAUGUAAGCAUUCAAACAGCUUACAUUCAGUCAAUCAGAUCUGCUCAACGUUUCAUAUAUAUUGAAAAUCAGUAUUUUAUAGGAUCCUCGUAUGCAUGGUCAUCAAAUAAAGAUGCAGGUGCUAACAAUCUAAUCCCAAUGGAGUUGGCGUUGAAGAUUACUAGUAAAAUUAGAGCAAAUGAGAGUUUUGCAGUGUAUGUCAUCAUUCCAAUGUGGCCUGAGGGUAAACCAAAGUCUAAAACAGUGCAGAAUAUUCUCUUUUGGCAGUCCCGGACAAUGAAAAUGAUGUAUGGUAUUAUUGCAAAAGAACUACAAAAGAUGAGGCGUGAGGAUGCACAUCCUCUGGAUUACCUCAAUUUCUAUUGUCUUGGUAAAAGGGAAUGCAUCUCUGGGGAAAAUAUGGCCGGCAAUGUUGAUGAGGGAGGGAGGAGAAAGGGAAAUGGGAUUUGGCCGGAUCCAUAUUCAUACACUAGACUUAGCCCUGAUGUUCCCACUAGUGGAGGUGGCCCUUCCACUUCAACCAGAGCGUGGAAAAAUAAGGUCUCGAAGUCACAAGAAUUUCAAAGAUUCAUGAUUUAUGUGCAUGCCAAGGGAAUGAUAGUAGAUGAUGAAUAUAUGAUACUUGGAUCUGCUAAUAUUAACCAAAGGUCCAUGGAUGGUUCAAGAGACACAGAGAUAGCAAUGGGUGCCUAUCAGCCCAAUUACACAUGGGCUAGGAAGGGAGAGCAUCCACGUGGUGAGGUAUUUGAUUAUAGAAAAUCACUGUGGACAGAACAUCUUGGGACGGAGGAUAGUCUCUUCGAUAUCCCAGAAAGUCGGCAAUGCGUAAAGGCAGUAAACAAGAUUGCUGAAGACAACUGGAAAAACUAUACAGCUGAUGAAUUUACAUUGUUGCAAGGCCACCUUCUCAAGUAUCCAAUUCAAGUAGAUAAAGAUGGAGAAGUAAGUCCUCUGCUUGGUUAUAAGAAAUUCCCAGAUGUUGGUGGUCGAGUACUCGGGAAAAAUUCUUUAAUAAUUCCUAAUAUUCUAACCACUUAAGGUUAGAAAAAAAGUAAGUGGAGUCAAAAAAUAAAGUUAGUGGGGGCAAAAUUGAGAAAAGCUGUGAAUAAGGAUGUUAAUUUUUU